UCUCAAACAAUACAUAGGGUGCACUGAUUAUCCAUGCCGCUUGAAACACUCCAUUGAGAUCUUUCUCGAGCAGAAAGACCCUGAACCUAUGUCUUCAUCUUCCACACCCAUACCACAUCGACGACGUGUGCGAAAGAGCGGGCCAAAAUCACGUCUCGGCUGUGUCAACUGCAAGAACAGGAAGAUUAAGUGUCAAGAAAACCGACCAUCAUGCGAUAAUUGCCAAAGAGGCCAUUUGUCUUGUGUGUAUCCCAACUUAGUCUUCGCGUCCUUUGUGCCUGGGUGCAAUGCCCCACAACGCGUCAGGAUGCCCGCCAGUUUGCCGCAAAUUGCAACUAAGUCUUCCGAUGAAGCAAGACUGUUCCAUCAUUACAUGAGCAAGGCCCAUCCCCAUCUUCCUGUAGGGGCACGUUUGGUCGGACUUUGGACUAUCAAGAUCCCGGCUUUGGCAACGAAGUAUGACUACCUCCAGAGCGCAUUGCUCGCUCUUUCUGCCUCACAUCUAUCGGCGGUAUCUGGCCACCAGCUCGAAAGCCAGGCAUUAACCCAUCGUAUAGCAGCGAUCCGAUCGUUUAAUCAAGCCAUAUCCAAGCCAGCAUCCAGUAUACCGGAACUGGAUUCACGUGUCGCAACGUUAGUAGCCUUAAUGUUCCAAGCAAGGUUCAUGGAGGAGGGCCUGCUCGAGUUCCUUAUGAUGGUCAGGGGUUGCUAUCUGGCUUCAGGCGACUACCAAACUAAGCCAGAGAGUGCAUUCCAUGACUUACGGGCAGAAGGGCAUUUGAAGGCUUUAGGCGAUCGUCUUGAGCGCGUAAAGAGCGUCGAAAUCAAUCAGCAUGAGCUUCAAUUAGCGCAGGAGUCGCUUGAGGAAGUCGCACCACUGGUUACAGACGAUAUCAAUACACCAUUCUACGAGGCUCUGUAUGCAACUCUGGUAGCCGCAAGAGACGCACCUCUCAAAGCGUACGAAGAGUAUGGGGUAGCAUACAACUACGUUGCGUUCCUACCCAACAGAGACUUUCUCGCUUUUAUAUGCCCGGAAAACAAUGUGGCGCAGGUUCUUCUUGCUUAUUUCUUUGCGAUGAAUCCUAUGAACGCAUUACUCGAGCCUGUGGCGAGGUAUGAGACCGAUGGACUGCCGAAUAUUCUUGAGAUGGACUGUGUGGGACAGUGGGUGCUCAGGAUUUUCAACAACGUUGCCCCUGAGUAUCGGACUUAUCUCCGAUGGCCCCUUCGAGCUUUUGGUUACGUAGAGAAAGUCCAAACACUUACAAUACACUCUCGAUGACCCCUGAUCUUCCAUCAAUCUGAAUCCUCCAAUACAGCGACAGGCACUGCUGAUCGAAAAUACGUUCAAACAGACCUCUGUUUCGCUUCCAGACAUUCUUGAGUUACCUUCACCAUGAAAAUGCAGCCGACAUGCCAAAGAGGCAGGCUGAUGUGUCAUUGAGAACCAGCAGUCGACAUCGUCCUUACUCGC